AUGGAUGCAUCACUCGGAAUGGAUGAUGAUGAGUUUUUAAUUAGGCAAGUAGAAGCAGUUGAAGCAUCUUUUGGAUUGAACUCACAGACGGCUGAAGGGGUGCAAGGUUCGAAGGAUAAAGAUAGUGGAGCGGCUGUAGAUGGGGUUAAUCCGGCUUCAGGUAAUAUGCUACAACAAGAGAAGCAAAAGAGCUGUGCACUAGGAACAGUAGUAGAGAAUGGAAGUAAAAAGAGAGCUCACGUUGAAGCAGCUGAAGAUGCCGUUUGUGGGGUUAAUCUGGAUAAUAUGCAUCAACAAAACUGUACGCUACAAGAGAAGGAAAAGAGCUGUAGAGAAGGAACAGUUGUGGAGAAUGGAAAUGAAGAUGAUGAUGAUGAUGAUGAUGCUGAAGAUGGAGAUGAAAAUGAAGGUGACGGUGGAAAUGAAGAUAAAGAUGACGUUGGAAAUGAAGAUGAAGAUGAAGAUGACGAGGACUAUGAUUAG